AUGCAAGCGGAACAUAUUUUGUUGGGAAGACCUUGGCAAUAUGAUAGGAAAGCUAUGCAUGAUGAGUACAAGAAUCGUUACAGUUUCAUUAAGGAUGGAAGGAUCAUUACUCUUGUGCCAUUAACACAAACACAAGUAUAUGAGGAUCAAGUCAAGUUGAGGAAUGAGGAAGAGAGAAGAGUAAAAGAGUUAGAGAAAAGGAGAGACAACAGUGAGGUUGUGAGUAAGAGAGAAAACAGUGAGAUAGAAUUCAAAGAUUCAUUUUCGGAGGACAUGCCUAGUGGGCCACCACCCAUUCGAGCUUGCCGAAACAAUCCCGAGGAGACAAAGGAACUUCAGAGGCAGGAAGAGGAGUUGAUGAGCAAGGGCUAUGUAAAGGAGAGCAUGAGUCCAUGUACAGUACUAGUAUUGCUUGUGCCCAAGAAGCAUGGAUCUUGGAUAAUGUGCAUAGAUUGCAGAGUCAUCAAUAAUGUAACGGUAAAGUAUCGUCACCUAAUUCCUAUGUUAGAUGAUAUGUUGGAUGAAUUGCAUGGUUUUGUGGCCAGUGCUAACGGGGUAGAAGUAGAGGAAGAAAAGAUAAAAGCUAUUAAAGAUUGGCCUACACCUAAAACUAUAACUGAGGUUAGGAGUUUCCAUGGUUUGACUAAUAUUUAUAGGCGGUUUGUAAAGGAUUUUAGCACAAUCACUGCACCUCUCACUGAAGUUGCUAAGAAGAGUAUGGAUUUUCAUUGGGGUGGUGAACAUGAGCAUGCAUUUAGUACCAUUAAGGAUAGGUAUUGGAGUAGUUUUAAUGAGGAAAUGAGACUGAUAGCCUAUUUCAGUGAAAAGCUUAGUGGAGCUGCAUUGAAUUACCCAACAUAUGACAAAGAGUUGUACUCACUUGUCCGGGCAUUGGAGAUAUGA